GUGAUUAUCAUUAAUAUAGUAAUUUACAUUAAAAUAUUAUUUAGACUUGGAAUUGGAACAUGGUUAAUGUUUUACAUCUCAGAUCAAAUUCAUAGAACUUUAAUCCUUUAGAUUUGUUAAAUUUUAUCAAUAAAAGAGUCAAAUGGCAGCAGCAAUUGUGGUUGUUUUACUGGCUUCAUUGCUGUAUAUAUACCCAUCAAAAGCUUGUCACUUUCCUGCCAUUUAUAACUUUGGCGAUUCCAACUCCGACACCGGCACUGUCUCGGCGGUGUUUGGCCGGCUUCCUCCACCUUAUGGUGAGACCUUUUUUGGUAAACCUUCUGGUCGGUAUUCUGAUGGGCGUCUCAUCAUUGAUUUUAUAGCUGAACAUUUGGGAUUACCAUCUUUGAAUGCAUACCUUGAUUCAAUUGGAUCGAAUUUCAGCCAUGGAUCCAACUUUGCUGCAAGUGGGUCUACACUACAGGCAGUAAAUGCCAAGUUAUAUGAAGCUGGUUUUAACCCUUUUUCUCUCAAUUUGCAGCUUUUGCAGUUUGAGCAACUUAAAGACCGAACCGAAGAGCUUCACUCAGAAGCUAAGAACUCCCAGAUCACAAGUAAUCUCCCAAAACCAGAAGAAUUCUCAAAAUCCCUCUACACAUUGGAUAGUGGUCAGAAUGAUCUUCACUAUGGAUUUAUGAAAUUGACAAUGGAGCAGUUAAACACAUCCAUCCCCUACAUAGUUUACCAGUUCUCUCUAUCCAUAAAGAAACUCUACGAAAAAGGUGCGAGGAUAAUUUGGAUACAUAAUACCGGUCCCAUUGGCUGCUUGCCUUAUUUUGUGAUUACCUUUCCACCAAAGGCUGAAGAUACUGAUCAAAUUGGCUGCAUAAAAUCUUACAAUGAGGUGGCUCAAGAAUUUAACAAGCAGCUUAAAGAGGAAGUGUCCAAACUAAGGACUCAACUCUCUGGUGCAGCUCUUUAUUAUGUUGAUAUCUAUUCUCUCAAGUAUUCCUUAAUCAAUGAAGCAGAAAAAUAUGGGUUUCUUAGUCCUUUUAAGUACUGUUGCAAACACUAUGGGGAUAAUGGUCUCCAAUGUUGGAAGACAGAAAUGAGAAAUGGGACUGAAUAUUUUGGGACUUCAUGUAGUGACCCAUUAAAACACAUUAGCUGGGAUGGCAUACAUUAUAGUGAAGCUGCAAACAAAUGGAUAGCCAAUCAUAUUCUUGAUGGUUCAUACUCAGAUCCACCUGUUCCCCUCUCUAAAGCAUGUACCAGUUAGUUCUAGUUCAUAACUUGUAUGAAACUGAAGUUUAUAGCAAAAUGAGAUAUUUUGGUUGUACUAGUUAUGAUCAUUCUACAAUGGCUUUGUCACAAUUGCUGGUAUUGGUGGUCUCGAGUGCUUCCAACUGUUCGAGCUCAUAUGAUUUUGAUGGUAUCCUGUUUAGGACAAGGGUUCAACCUCAGCAUUGGUGAAAGAUUCUUUCAAGCUAUUGUUGUACUAGUGAUGUUGUAUUAUGACAUUAUUGCCUCCUCUACUACAAUUUUGAUUUUUUAGAGAACAUAGCGGCAUAAGUACUUAAAGUUUUGAAUAAUUUUUUAACGGCAAGUACUCAAUGUUUGUAAAACAGUAAUUUUUCAGUUUGGAAGUAACUAAUACUUUAUGUUUUCGUCAA